AACCGUAGGCUGCUGCCAUCAGUGUUGUGCGUCCCGUCAGCGUGUGUUACAAGGAGCUCUUACAUGCACAGUGCCCAGAGGAAAAUGGCGAGCUUGUGUGUACGAGCAGUGAGACAGAGCUACUCUCUUGUAGCUUCGCCUGCGCUAAUAAGAGCGUCUCCACGAUUGUUAUGUACUGCCACCCAGCAGAAGAAUGGCAGGUCAGAGGAGGAGGCCGAGAAGCCGGAGCAGAACGCAGCAGAGAAAGCCCUGUUGGAGGAGAAGACCCAGCUGGAGGAGCAGCUCAAGGACAUGACAGAAAAGUAUAAGCGGGCCUUAGCAGACACAGAGAACCUCAGGACGAGGAGUCAGAAGAUGAUGGAAGAUGCUAAAUUAUACGGGAUCCAGGGAUUCUGUAAAGACCUGCUGGAGGUGGCCGACAUCUUGGAGAAGGCCACAGAGAGCGUGCCCAAGGAGGAGGUGACGAGCCAGAACCCUCACCUGAAGAACCUGUACGACGGCCUGGUGAUGACCGAGGUCCAGAUCCAGAAGGUGUUCACUAAGCACGGCCUGGUGAAGCUCAACCCCGAGGGCCAGAAGUUCGACCCCUACGAGCACGAGGCCCUCUUCCACGCCCCCGUGGAGGGCAAGGAGCCCGGCAGCGUUGCCAUAGUAACCAAGGUGGGCUACAAGCUGCACGGCCGCACCCUCAGGCCGGCGUUGGUAGGCGUGGCCAAAGCCCCCUAGAAAUUAUAAUGUAACUGCGACAAAGUGGGAUUUGUUUUGUUGCCUGGGCGAUGGAUGACUUCAGGUACAACAGACUGGUUGAGGCACCCUGCCACCCUUUUCCCACAAGCCUGUCCUCGUAUCCCCCCCCCCCCAUCCUAAGGUGUUAAAAAGAGACGGGAGUCCAACUGAACUGAACUUUGUAUCUGGACAAUAUCCACCAGCUUUUAACAGAUACUUUGUCUGGCCCAGGACCGUCUUUACAGUAAUAUUUCAGUCAUCAUAUGUUCCUUUGUCUCAGUCAGUUCAGUCGAUAAUAAAAGCACUCACCAGAUCACAGGCAUAGACUUUCAUGUGUCCUCACAGCCAUCAAUCUUAACUGGAAGAGAAGCAGGUGAAAUAAGAAGUUGUGAUGUUUCAUAAACCAAGACUUUUUCUGGGUGAGCUAUGAUGUAAAAUCCAUGCACACAUUGAGAAGUACUGAAUCUGAAUUGAUGUUAUCAUUCCAGACUUGUGUUUAAAGCCCUAAUAAUCUCAAACUUGACUCCUCAGUUGUCUUUUCUUGUUUGUGAGUGUGAAGAAAGCAAGGGGCAGUACUUGAGGACCUGAACAAAGGUUUGAGAUGUGUGUACAGAGGUGGGCUUCCCAAAAGCCUUUAUGGUAAACACCUUUCUAGGCAUGGGAUGAUAUAAAAAUUUCAUGUCAAUUAUUUUGGCCAAAAUAAUUGUGAUACACGAUAUUAUGACGAUAAUCAUGAAAAUGUGCAUGUAUCUACUUUUAAAAUGGCAGUGAAACAUGAAUCACUUUACACUAAACACAUAUUCACAUCAGAUCUGCACCUCAGCUUCCUGUUUUUUUUUAUUUUGGAAUCUAUACAAUUUCCACACAUCUGUCUUAACAUAUUUUUUGUGGGGGAUACAACAGGCAGAUCUUUCAGCCAUGGUGACAAAGCAGGAAACAAAUAUAAGACUGUAUGCUGGUGAGCUAGACAGCUUUUUCAAGUCAAGCCAUGAGAAGAUCACCAAGAUACAUUUAUCUGAAUGUUUUUAUCGCCAUAAUAUCGUAUAUCAUCCCAUCCCUACACCUUUCUCUCGUUCUUUUGGUAGGCCAGCCUCAGUCAUUGUAACGUCUUUAUCCGUAAACCAUUAGAAUAAUUUUGAAAGGACCAUUGUCCAAAUUAUCAGCAUCAGAAUAAAGUAACCGACUUUGAAA